UUUCUGUGUCUCUUUCGACAGACAAUCGGUUACCGACGGGACAUCGGAUACCAGACCUUCCUGUACUCGAACGUGGCCGAGGUGCGCCGGGUGUUGAUGUUCCUGAUCGAGCGGCUGCCCAAGGAGUCGGCGGACAAGGCCGCCGGAACGGGUCAACCGUUGGACGUAACGACGGAGAUGGAGAGUCGAAUCUGUGCCAGUCUACAGUCCCAGCUGCAGGCCCCUUGGAUGCCGGAGUUUUGCCGGACCGCUGCUGGCCCCAGCAGUUCUCAGAUUGCGUUCCGCCGGUUCGUGCCUCGAAAGUUAAACAUUCCGUUCGUGACCCAGGGAGACAUUGCUGCCGAGGUCAAAGAGUUCUGGUCCCGCCAGGCGUCGCUGGACACGCUCGACGAGGACAGCUUCAUUCCGUCCGUGAUCGCUGCCAACGAUGGGGCGCUCAAAACCAGUGGUGGUGCCAUUGACGAGGUUGACCGGAUCAAGGUGUGUUCGCCCGUGGACCGUCUGCAGCGGUUCUACACGUCCAGCGAACAAAAGUCGAGCGUUGUUCCGGUGGGGAAAGUGGCCGUGGAGGAAAAGCUGGACGCGCUGGCGAUUGUCGAGGCGGCCAGGCCGGGCAAAACUCCGCUGGAAACGCUUCAGGAGGAGAUCGAUCUGAUUCGGGGGGAGAUCGAGCGGAGUGUUGGGGAGGGAACCGGUCUGGAGGGGGAACGAAUGGGAGUGGUUGAGCUGUGUGAGGUUCAACGGGCGGUGGUUGGGAAGUUGAAGGACGAGAAGAAGAUUAAGGAACGAACGCAUAUUUUACUAGAAGACCCCGAGGUUAACGUUAGGAAGCUGCAGGGCAUCAUCGCGGCCGGUGGAGAGCGCAUGAAGAAGCUGCAGGAUCAGUGGGACGUGCACCGGAUACCGCUCGAGCAGGAGCUGGAAGGGUACCGGGUGAAGCACUCGGAUAAGCUGUCGCAAUCGCAACAGAUCGUGGACCAAAUCGAGGCGACCCGGCACAAAUGCGAAGAGGUCAUGAUGGACCUGCAGAGCAAGAGUGCGAUGCACGCCCGGCUGCAGAAGGAGCUGGAGAAGCUGAACCGCACCGUCAGCCGGACGGCCUACACCAGCCGGAUCCUGGAGAUCGUGGGCAACAUUCGCAAGCAGAAAACGGACAUCGACAAGAUCCUGCAAGACACGCGCACACUGCAGAAGGAAAUCAACACCAUCACCGGUCAGCUAGAUCGCCAGUUCACCGUGACGGACGAUCUGAUCUUCCGGAACGCGAAAAAGGACGAACACGCGAAGAAGGCGUACAAACUGCUGGUCACGCUGCACUCGGACUGCGCCGAACUGAUGACGCUGGUGCAGGAAACGGGCGCCGUCAAGCGCGAGAUCCGCGACCUGGAGGACCAGAUCGAGACCGAGCGGAGUCGGAACACGGCCGCGAACCUGGCCCAAAUUUGUCGCGAUCUGGCGGAAAUGCAGAGCGAAAGCCAGCGGCUGGAGGAGAGUUUGCGCGCACAUUUGAGGUAAAUAUUAUGCUUUUUAAUUUACGUUUUUUAGGAACAAAGUCAAAAUGUGAUUAGGCUGUAAGGUUUAACAAAUUGUUGCGUAGCGCAGAAAUUGAUCCAAAUCAACACACGUACGUCUAUUACACGGAUACUCAAGAAAAAGUAACAGGAAGAACAUUAAAGUGCCCAAUGGAAAGCUUUA